CAGCAGCAGCAGCAGCAUCAGGCUCAUCCCUUGCAGCGCUCGCAGCCCCCGGGAGCCUUGGGGAGCCCCUCUCCUCCCAUGUGAGGGCAGCCAGGCGGGGCUGGCCAUGGGGGCCUCCUCGGCGCUGGCCCUGGCCCUGGCCCUUGGCCACUGGCUCCUGGGGCUCCAGCCUCAUCCCUUCGCAGCAGCAGCAGCAGCAGCAGCAGCCGCCUCCCCGCGGAGCCCCUCCUGGGCCCAGCACCCCCACCUCCCCACCUCCACCUCCAGCAGCAAUGCAUUCUUCACAGAGACCCCACAUGACAUGACCGCCCGAGCGGGCGAAGAUGUGGAGAUGGCCUGCUCCUUCCGUGGCAGCGGUUCCCCUUCCUACUCCCUGGAGAUCCAGUGGUGGUACGUCCGCACCCACAAGGACUGGACAGACAAACAGAGCUGGGCCUCCAACCAGCUAAAAGCAUCUCCACAGGAAGAAGCCGGGAAGGAGGCGACAAAAAUCCAGGUGGUGAAAGUGGUCGGCAGCAACAUCUCCCACAAGUUGCGUCUCUCCCGGGUGAAGCCGACGGACGAAGGGACCUACGAGUGCCGGGUGAUUGACUUCAGUGACAGCAAAGCCCGCCACCACAAGGUCAAGGCAUACCUGCGGGUGGAAGCCGAGGAGAACACCGUGCCGCACCGUCACAGCGCCCACGGGGGGCACCUGCAAGACACCCAGCAGCAGCUCUUGGGGGCCCAGACCUCCGAGCACAGUAAACUGAGUGCCCCCCACCCACAGCACCAACACCACCACAAGCCGGGCAAGGAGCUCAAGAAGCGCUCCGUGGCAGAUGAUACCUCCUGCGCCCUCUAGACUGGUGGGCACUGGGUGCAAGGCUACGACCGGACAGCCUGGCAGGGCUCCUUCCUCUUCUUCUUCCUCCUUGUCCUCUUCCUCCACACUUGCGGAGCCACACUUGCCUGCCCUGCCCCUUUCUUAUGGUGACACUGGAGUGGCCAGAACAGGGUUGGGUCCCUGUGAAAUUGGCAUGUGGCACCCAUGCCACAAAACCAGAAACAGCCCCUUCCUCUCCCCUUCCCCGUUCGCAUGAUAACCUUUCACCAUUACUAUUCCUCUCCACUCGACCACCAGCUAGAUAUACAUAUUUUUAAGCAUUCCUUUCUAGCUCUCCAUUCUCCUCCGAAGGAACCCUGGCGCCUGUCUUGCGCAAAAUGGAGCCACUUCAACAGAUGUACUGUUGGACUUUGGGGGUACCACUUUUGACCGAUGAAUGGUCCCUCUUGCCAACACCAGCCUCACCUGCUGGGGUCUUUCCCAUGACAGAAAAGAUGGCAGACACCGUAUUUGGCAUCCCAUUUGACUCCUUGACAACUGAGAAGUGAUCCUAUGCUCUUAAAGUGGCCAAAGAUAGAAGGAGCCAAACUGCAGUUGGCUUAUACUCUUUCAUUGCCAAAUUCUCCUGGCUUUUGGUGACCACAUGGGUAGGAGAAGAUGUGGUCCUGAGAAAUCCAGCAGAAAACCCUUGCCCAUCUUUGUUGCUUUGGUGGCGUGCAAGUCCAGUUGGUUCCUCUGGGAAAUGCAUAAGUUCCUUCCACUGCCCCCCAAAAAAGGAACAUGGACUUGAGGUUAGCACAUCCCUUGCUGAGAGGAGACUUAGACCCAAAGCUGGACCUUAUUUUCACAAAAGGACACCUUCAGCCACCUCUGGACCAAGCCGCCCACCUUGCCGUUGCCAUUGCUAGUUUACUCCUGCCAUGCGUGAGCCCCUCCGAGUUGACUUCACCUUGCUUUAUAAAAUGAGACCCGGGAGUGGGUGGGUUAUGCGUCAUUUUGAAUCCUCACUUUGAACCCUCACUAGUUAUCACCCUAUGCUACUAUGAAAAUGGAUGACUGUAUAACUGUAAAUAUAACUGACUGGUUCUCUCUCCGUAUUGCCCCAUGGCCGGGCAAUAAUCCACUGUCGACAAGGUCCCUGGGGGAGGUCCAGGGUUUCCCACUAAAGCACCCCUACCUUCUGCAUUGGAUCCUAUUGGGUGAUGAUUAAAAGGAUGCUUGUUUUAUAGAUGAACACAGCAGUAAAUGUAGCUUUCUUGGAGGACAGAGAGAGAUGCAGAGCUAAUGAGAAAGUGGGGAGUGGAUACAAAUUCCCAGGGCGCAGUGGUCCAGAAGGGACAACAUCAAGGCUUGGUGAUGUUGCAUCUGUUUUUGUCUUGAGCAUCCCCAAGUCCCCUAGUUGAGAGCAUGAGAAAUAGUCUUUUGGUACUCAAUAAAAUGGCCAUAUAUUAUACCAUAUAUUGGGAGGGUCUGUCCAUUGUGAGCAUGGCUGGUCCCUGUUCUUCCAGUUUGGAAAGAUGCAGGCCCAGAUGAAGGAGACGAGGAGCACAGGAGGCAAGAUUACAUUAAAGCCUGACUGGCAUCUUGCAGAAAGAGGGACUCUCGCAAGAGUGCCAUAAUAAGAGAUUUAGAGAUCUUGUGGGAGGCUUGAGUUCUUGCACGACUCUAAAUGUGGGCUUGAUUUGUAUGUACCGGCCAAAGUGUUGAUAGAGAGGGCUCCCCAUGUUGCUGCUUCAAAACCUAUAGCAGCCCUCGUUGGGUUGCCCAAAAGGCCUCUUCCGUUAGGAUUGCCAUUUGUCCCGGAAUACCUAGAAUAUUCCAGAUUGAAGGUACUAAAAAAUGUCCCGGCCGGUUGAGGUUAAAACAUAGUGGUAGGAAAAUUGCAAUGGGUUGAAUUUGCAUAAUCAGAGUGCAAUUUAAUAAUAUGCCUUGUUAUAAUAAUUUGCAUAAUGUGCAGAUCAGAUGCCCAGAUACGAGGGAUUGGAAUAUGGCAACCUUAUCCUUCAUGGAAGCCCACACAAUAGACAGAUGCAGCCUACUAGCCAAAGUCUCUCUCAGUGUUCAUAACCUCAAACAUUUAAUAUUGCUUUAUCACACUAGCAAAAAACUGCUGGAAAACGGGGUUUAAACUAGAUUUAAUUUUAAAAAAACCUGGAAGUUUAUCACACCAGAUUUCCGCAAAAGUGAAAUAACACGAAGUUAAAGUGAAGGUAAAGUGGAGAAAAACGGCAGCUUCUUACUUUCGGGAAGUUCCCAAAGAAAAAAGCUGCCUUUUCUCCCCUUUGCCUUCGCUUUAACUUCAUGUGGUUCAAUGCCUGUCCUGCAGCCAUUCACUCAAAACCACACAGUUGCGAGUUCAAGACCAGCAAAAGGGCCCA